GUCUGAUGAGCCUCCCCUCAGCUCCGCUGCCCGACCAGCCAGCCACUCAGCCCUAGCAUUAGCCGGCGGCUUCGCUAAUGGGCCCCUUUUUAAUGGAGCAACACAGAGGAGAGCGAAUGGGCUAGAGUUACCCGUUUUUGGAUGAUGUGAUGAUCCUGUGAAUGUAUACAGAAGUGAUUCAGUCAGACUGGUUGGGAUUCACAGACAAAGACUAGGAAGACAAGGAGUAGGAGGAUAAAUAGUGAUAGAUAGUGGUGGUUGUUUUUGGGGGUUUUUUUCUUGUGGGGGAGAAACAUGGAUAGGAUGCAGUUUCACCCUCAACAACCUCUCCUCCCGCAAAGCUUCAGUGACUCUGGACUGCACGUCAGGGUGGGCUCCAAAGUCAGUGAACAGAGUAUCUGCCAAGCCCGGGCUUCGGUCAUGGUGUACGACGACACCAGCAAGAAGUGGGUCCCAAUCAAGCCAGGGCAGCAGGGCUUCAGUCGCAUUAACAUCUACCACAACACUGCCAACAACACCUUCCGCGUGGUGGGGGUCAAGCUUCAGGACCAGCAGGUUGUCAUAAACUACUCCAUCGUGAAAGGUCUCAAAUACAACCAGGCCACACCGACCUUCCACCAGUGGCGCGAUGCCCGGCAGGUGUACGGCCUCAACUUCGCCAGCAAGGAGGAGGCCACCACCUUCUCCAACGCCAUGCUCUUCGCCCUCAACGUCCUGAGCUCGCAGGAGGCUGGUCCACCAGCUGUACAUCGGCAGAACGGACCUGUCACGGAUGACUCCGACGCUCAACGAAGGCAGAUGAUGGAGCAGCAUCAGAUGCAGGCACAAAUGGAGAGGGAGCGACGAGCUGUGGGAUCUGCAGUAUCCACCCUUCAGUUCAAAGUGUCUGGCGCUGCUGCCGCUUCCUCUCCCUCCCAGUCCGAGUCUGUCGAUUACCGGCAGUACCGGGCCAACACCCUCCCCCCGGCCUACAUCAGGGCGGCCGCCUCCUCCCCCUCCCCACCUUCCCCCUGCUCCUCCUCGGGCUCCUCUCAGGAGCGGGACGGCAGCGGCGGAGCUGGAGGUGGGGGGAGCGCCUGUCACGCAUGCGACUCGCCCCAGCGGAAGGCCCAGCAGCAGCUCUCGCAGCUUUCCACCUCACUGGCCUCGGCCUUCAUGCCCGUGCAGCCGGCGGUCAACACCCAGGGCCGCAAGGUGCGCCAGAUCCCCCUCUCCCCGCCGGCCGUGCGCCACAUGCCCCCCCAGAUGCAGGCCGAGUCCAUCCCCCACCCCCACCCGCUGCCCCCCAAGCAUGGCACCUGGUCGGCGUCGUCGGCCGCCAUGCACAUGUUCGCCCCGCUGCCCGCCGCCGCCUCCUCCUCCCCGCCCGUGAGCGCCAAGCAGGUGUGCCCGCAGCCCGUGCUCCCCGUGGCACUGCCCCUGCCGCCCCUCAACAACAGCGGCAGCAACGGCCGUGGCGGCAAGGGUGCCCCCUCACCCCACGACGCCCACCAGCACAUCAACGGGGCACCCGAGGAGUACUACCACACCCAGCACCACCCACACCCACACCCACACCACCACCAAACACCUCCACCACCCCUGCAACCACUGGUCCCCAUGCCCCCUCAGCUCUCUUACGCCCCCUGCUGCGAGCCUGUCCCCCUGCCCCCCGUGAGCGCUCAGCUGCCCCCUCAGGUCUCAGCCCACCUGUCCCAGUUCCCCUCUCCCUCUGCAUUCCUCCAGCAACAACAACAACAACAACAACAGCAACAACAACAACAACAACAACAGCAGCAGCAACAGCAGCAGCAGCAGCACAUGUAUCCGGGGUUGCCCCCCUACAACACCACCUCUCCCCCCUCUUACACCCUCCUCGAGGGGGCCUCUCCCAAGACGACACCCUCUCCUGUCUUUCAGGCUCCCCCACCUCUUAUGAGUAACACCGGUCUUCGAUGGCAGCCAAUCUCUCCCCCCCCCACCCCCACGGCACCACCACCGGGGCCCCCACCGCCAAGUGUGGGCGCGCCUCCCACCCCCCCUCCACUGCCGGCUAGUGGAGGUCCGGGGGGGCAAAGCAAGGAGGCCCCCCCAGCUGGGCUGGCGGCAGCCUUAGCAGGAGCGAAGCUGCGCAAAGUGCAGAGGUCGGAGGAGGCGUCAGGGCCCGCGGGGGUCAAGAACGAUGGUAACCGGUCAAGUGGCGGCAGUGGAGGCAGUGGAGAGGGACUCAUGCAGGAGAUGAAUGCCAUAUUGGCACGAAGGAGGAAAGCUUCAGAGAAACCUGAUGAGGAUAACCAGAAGGAAGAGACGAAUGGCUCCCCCUCACCCAUCACACGAGGUUCUUCUCUACAAAACUCAACAGACCUCGUUAAAAAGCCAUGGGAUCGAGCCAACUCAACAGACAAAUCUUCAGCUGUAUCAAGGGUGAAACCUGUUGGUACCAGCAGCGAUGGAGACACAACAGAAUAUGACAGAAUGAAACAGGAGAUUUUGGAGGAAGUGGUUCGUGAAUUGCAUAAGGUGAAAGAUGAGAUUAUUGAUGCCAUAAGAAGAGAAGUGACCAGGCUGAGCUUGACAUAAUCCUCCCGGGAUGUGACCACAGCGGACAGAGAGGGGGGGGGGAGAUGUAGAGAGAGGUGCUGAGUUUGCAGGGAAUGUUUCUACAUUUCUAUAAUGUCAUGGGGAAGGUUGCCACGAAAUUGUUGUGCCCAACAGUAGCAUCUGCUAAGCAAAAAAGCUGGAGAAAGUGAAAAAUAAGGCAUAAAAAGAGAACGAAGAACAGGAAGACAAAAAAGUGAAGAGAGUUCAGCGAAUGCAUGAAUGAAUGAAUGAAUGAAUGAAUGAUUUGGUGUAAAGAAAGGGAUGAGAGGAUGUUGGACACUCACACUGUAUUUUCUAUUUUCCUGUAUUCAAAGAUUCAGCCCAAUGUGUGGCCUGCUGCCCAUAGUCUGUCAAGUCUUACAGAAAAAAAACAUAUAUGUAUUAAAUCUGGCAAAGCUUUUUGUUUUCUAAGUUUUUAUUGUUUCAUUGUUUUAUUUGACAUAAAUAAAUAUUACUGUUAUAAUAAUUUUAUUACAAUUAUAGAUAUAGAGAAAGUUGCACACCAUCUAUGUCAGCCUUUUAUAUUUUAUAUUAGGUUCUUUAUUCUUUGGUUUUUGAUAAGCACAUGUAGGCCUCUGUCCUCAGCAGGGUUUUCUAAAGAGAUUUUAUUUUUCUUUGCCAACAGAUGUAUAAGAUCACUGGAGAUGUUUGUUUUUUUAAGUUUGAACUUGAAUUGGUUGUGUGGACUGAACUGGUUACUUUUUUGGGACACUAUGACCUUAUGAUGCAUCAGUAUGACCUUUUGAUUUAUAUUAUCUUUUUCAGUAAAGUUUGGCUGGAAAGAUAUGGUGAACGAUCAGGCCUUUCAGUAUAUACUUUGAGUAGAUUAUUCCUUGUUUUAAAUGUUGAUAAAUGGGUUUAAACAUA